AUUGAGUGUUGCCAAUAACACCCUUAAAACAAACUAAAAUAUCUAGAGAAACUUGCAUGGAUUUACAUUUUACUGAAAUCACUAGAAAUAGGCAGCGCUACGUACGGCAUUUUAAAAAAGCCCUGCCCAAGUCAGCUGUUAGCGACGGGCGACGACCAGAUACGCAGUACCACGUGGUACCUCGCAGCUAGUAAACCAUAGUAAACAUACUUUCAAAUUUCAAUUAUUUAGUGUGAAAUAAAAAAAAAAAAAAAAAGUAUCAGUCCACAUAAAAAACUUAUAUUUAUAUUAUACUAAAGCUAAAAAAUAGAUUGUUAUAAAUAGUCGUAUAAUUAAAUUCAGUUUACAUAUUGAUCAUAUUGAUUAAAUUUUGGUAAAGAAGCGUUGGAGCGUUGUAAAUCAGCGAUACACUGUUUGCGAAAAAAUUUAGCGAAUAAACAAUUCAUCAUGUCUUUUAUAAAUAAUGUUGAAACAAAACAUGAACCUUCAGAUACAAGUAUUUCUGAAAUACAAACCGAGGUUUUGUUAUAUUCCAUGCAUGGACCUGCCGAGAAAUGUAAAGCUGAAACCAUCUAUUUUGAUGAUGAUGAGGAUGAUGAUUAUGGUGAUGAUGAUUAUGAUGAUGAUGAACAUAGACGCACCAGGAAAUACCGGUUUGUCGGGGAUGAUUUCAAGUUGCAUUUGGCUAAUGUAAAAAAAAUUGAAAAAGAAACAAACAAAAAACUGCCUAUCCAAGAAAAUAUCCAACUAUGGGCAAAAUUUAAGGCUGAACGUGGAAUAUCUACUCUUGUUAAAAGAAAACAUGGAGCUUCUGGUAAAAGUGUUCCUGAAAUACUAUCUGAGUCUUCGUUGAAUCGCACAUAUAAACCUGCCGGGAAAAGUGAAGCUGAAAGCAUGUAAUUAUUGGCUGAACGUGAAUUAUCUAAUGUGCAAGAUAAAUUUUUUGUAAUAAUACUUUUGCUACCACCUCGC